CGGGAAACAUGUUUUGAUCGCAAAAAUGGGUGUCUAUGCUAUAUAUUUAGUUUUUAUAGUUAAUUUCAGUUUUGGAAACGCUAGGAGGAAUUAUGACUCAAGGCCUCGCAUAUCUGUGAAUGAGGGACACCUUCUGAUUACGGUUCCAGAAGAUAAAAAUAUUAGUUUCCUCACAACAGGAAAAUCAUCAGGAGUAUCCAUAAACCACAUUGAUGUGCUAACCAUUCUCAGUAGGGCUCACAAUGCCACUAAACUCGCCGAGAGACAGCAGCAAAUUCUUUCCACGUACAGCGAUAGACUCGAUGUCUUGGAACAAAGACCACUCGAACCUAUCAUGUUCGGCGGCAAUAACACACCAUCUACACAAAUGGUGACGACUUUGGCAUUUCGAAGGUUGAGUCGUAGAGUUCGGAUGUUUAGUCGAAGACUCCUUAGCAUCGAACGUUUACUGUACAAGGAUGAAUGUGCUAAUAAUCCUUGUCAAAACGGAGGAACCUGUCAAGAUAUGUUCAACAACUUCCUUUGUCGAUGUCCUGAUGGAUGGGAGGGGCCAAACUGUAGUGAAGAUAUUAAUGAAUGUGCCAGAUUUGUAGGAACUGAUUUGGGCUGUCAAAACGGUGCCACCUGUGUCAACAAACCUGGAACAUAUGAGUGUAUUUGCAUUGGAGGAUUCCUUGGUAUACACUGUUCGAAACGAAAAGCCGAUUGUUUUUCUGGCGGUGGUGAACUGUGUGGUCAUGGAACUUGCGUGUCACAGAACAAUGCUCUUGGAUACAAAUGUAUCUGUGAUCAGGGUUGGACAACCGAUGGAUCAAAUCAAGCUUGUGUAAUAGAUGUGAAUGAAUGCAAGUUGAAUCAUCCACCAUGUUCAGUAAGUCCACACGUAGAAUGUAUCAAUGUACCAGGCUCAUUUUAUUGUGCUCCUUGCCCGUCAGGAUUCACCGGUAAUGGAUACCACUGCUCUGAUGUUGACGAAUGUGCUACUAACAACGGAGGCUGUAGCGUUGAUCCUAUGGUUUUAUGUAUCAAUACUCAUGGAUCUAGGAUUUGUGGUCUGUGUCCUCCUGGUUACUCUGGGGAUGGAAUAACUUGUACUUAUCAGGGAGUAUGCAACGUGAAUAAUGGUGGUUGUCAUAAUUUAGCAACUUGCAGAGAUAAUUCCAAAAUAAGUUCUUCAUAUGUGGAAUGCAUUUGUCCUCCUGGAUAUGUCGGCAACGGAAUAGGUCCAAACGGAUGUGUGCGAUCUUCUCAUCCAUGUUCUCCGAACCCUUGCAAAAAUGGAGCUUGUUCCAUGAACAACUCUACCGGCGAUUACACAUGCACCUGUCGAUUGGGAUAUUCUGGUCGUAACUGUGACGUAAUGCUUCGAAAUCCGUGUAAUCCAAAUCCUUGUUUGAAUGAUGGAGAAUGUCAGAACAUAGAUAACUAUCACACUUGUAAAUGUAAGGCUGGCUAUGUUGGAAGAUUUUGUCAAAUUCAAAGACAAGCUUGUGGCGGAUUCAUGAGAGGAGAGAAUGGUACUCUCAAGUAUCCUAGUGGAGAAUAUGAAGACUACAAUCAUAGAGCAAAUUGUGCUUGGACGAUCACAUUGAGCAAUUCAUCCAAAGUCCUCAAUAUCACCAUUGAACGUUUCGAUAUCGAAGAAACUACAGACUGUCAAAUGGACUGGUUGGAAAUACAUGAUGGCACGAAUACAGCGGCACAAACUUUGGGGAGAUUUUGCGGGAAAACACUUCCCCUGGGUGGAAAUUUCUUAACAACACAUAACUCGAUUUACCUUUGGUUCCGGUCUAAUGCUGAUGUGUCUGGAAAAGGAUUUGAGCUCACCUGGAGAGCAGUUGAUCCAAAAUGUGGAGGAACGAUAGCUGGAUCUGAUCAUGGAUCUAUACAGUCUCCAGGUGCACCAGGAAACUACCCAUUGAAUCGGGACUGCUACUGGAAUCUUCUAGCGCCUUUCGACAAACGGUUCAUGUUUCAUUUGUUCUCGCUGGAUAUUGGCGAAAACCCAGACUGUAAUCAUGAUUACCUCAAAUUUUACUCGGCGUUGGAUGGCCGAAAAGCGAGUAUUUUCCAAAAAUUCUGCAAUAGUACGAAGCCCGCACCUUUUUAUUCAUUAGGAUCGACAGCUAUGAUACAUUUCCAUUCGGAUGCUGAAAAAACUCAUCGAGGAUUUCAGAUCAGCUAUUCCGUAGUUGAAGGUACCCCGGGCUGUGGAGGUGUAUAUACGGCAAGGAAAGGUACCAUCGAAUCGGUACAAUCAACAGAUGAGUUUGACUUUAUCAUUUGUCAAUAUAGAAUCCAACAGAGCAUCGAUACCAAAAUCAAAAUAACAUUUUUGAAAUUCGACCUAGGCGAUGACGCAAAAUGUACAUUCAAUUAUGUAGAGCUACACGAGGGCCCAGACGAACAAUCACCAUCUAUUGGAAAAUACUGCGGAAACAAUAUUCCAGCUCAAUAUAUUUCAUCGGGCAACCAAGUCACCAUCGUAUCUUCUACUUUGACCCAAGUGAAUGGAUGGAAAAUCAAAUACGAAAAAGUUUGUGGCGCAACCUAUGUGGAGAGCAGUGGUUCAUUCAACUUAACUGGAGGAUCGGAUGAUUUCUUGAAUUGUGUUUAUCUCAUAGAAAGGCCACCUGGAAAUAAAAUAAUUUUAACACUGAAAAUUGUAAUACCCUAUUACCGCUACAGAACAAUACCAUAUAGAAAUACACCUUGUUUCCCAGGAUACAUUGAGGUUAGAGAUGGGGAUCAUGAAAAUGCAACUUUAAUAGGAAAAUACUGUGGAUUCAAAACAAUCAACAUAACAUCAUCGCAUAAUACUCUGUGGAUGAAAAUGCCAAGAAGUUUUAGAUCUAUUAUAGCAGAGUAUUCUUCUGUGGAUGUUGGCUGUGGAGGUAUUCUUAGAAACAAGUUCGGAACUAUUUCGCCAUCAGUUGUAGAUGGCAGCUACGCUCCUUCUUCCUCGUGCACAUGGCUCAUAAUUGCGCCUCCACAAAAUGUGAUACAGUUAACAUGGAUGACUUUCAAUUUAGAGCAGAGCUACGACUGCAGCUAUGACAAUGUUCAAGUUUUUGACAACAACACAGAUUUAGGAAUGGGCGGUUUGAUAGGAAAAUACUGUGGAUUCAAUGCACCACCCAUACUUCUCAGUUCUUCCAACAUGAUGACUGUUGUAUUCACUUCAGAUGUAUCUAUUAACAUGGAUGGAUUUUUGGCAUCAUACACAUUCAUUCCGGAAAAGAAUGUUUGUGGUGGAAGCUAUUUUACGUCAGCAGGAGUCAUAAAGUCUCCCAGAUAUCCUGAGGAGUACCCAACCAAUAGAGAGUGCACGUGGAUUAUACACGUGAUGCCAGGUCAACAGAUAAUGCUGAAUGUAACCGAAUUCGAUAUAGAAUCUUAUUCUGGGUGCAGAUAUGACUGGCUAGAGAUAAGAAAUGGCGGCACAUCAGCUUCUCCUCUUAUCGGCAAAUAUUGUGGUACCGAGAUUCCCAAACAGAUUCCUUCACAUGCCAACAAGCUGUACCUGUUUUUCAAAUCAGAUCUUAGCAGAACUGGAAAGGGCUUCAGAAUAACUUGGUCUUCAGCAGCAACAGGCUGUGGCGGUGUUCUUACUUCACCAACUGGUUCUAUAAUCUCCCCCCACUAUCCAGAACCCUACAGCAGGAAUACAGAAUGUAUGUGGAAGAUAGUUACCAGCACCGGAUCCCGAAUACAAGUCAUAUUCGCCGAUAUAGAUUUAGAAAAACAUGUACAAUGUUUGGCAGAUUAUGUCCAGUUAUUUGAUGGAUUGACAAUCAACUCAAAUUCUCUUGGAAGAUUCUGCAACGAAAUAGUUGAACCCAUAAAAUCUACAAGUAAUAAAAUGCUGGUGAAGUUUAGAUCGGACGUAGCAUUUCAAGGACGAGGGUUUCAAUUGCAGUACACAACAGUCUGCCACAAUACUGUGAAAGGUUACCGUGGAGUUAUAGAAAGUCCUAAUUUCCCCAACGAUUAUCCCCAAGAUGAGGACUGCUUGUGGGAGAUAGUGGUUUCCAAUAGAAAUAAAAUCAAUAUUACCUUUUCUCAUUUUGAACUGGAAAGGUCCCUUACAUUCGCUAACAAUAGUUGUCUCUUCGACUAUGUAGAGAUAAGUUAUGCAGAAAGGCCAUCAGAUGCAUUCUCCGAUGAAAAACCGACGUAUACAAAAUAUGGCAAGUAUUGUGGGAACCAGAACCCUGGUCAUCUUAGCCUCGAUUCAGAUCACGUACAAAUUCAUUUCGUUAGUGACAAAUUAUUACUUGGAUCUGGAUUUAGAUUGGAAUGGGAGAUGGUCGGAUGUGGAGGACAUCUCAAGCAAAAUCGCGGGACUAUCAGUUCUCCCAACUAUCCAAAUCCUUAUCCUGCAUCAGUUGUCUGCGAAUGGCUUAUAGAAGUGGAUUAUGGAAACAGUGUAGAAAUUGAAUUCCAUGAGAUUAAUGUUGAAAAGGAUAGUUCGUGUUCAUUUGACUCUAUCAAAAUUUACAAUGGUUUGGACGACACUUAUAAUCUCUUGGCUACAUUCUGCAGACAGAAAUUAAAAACUGUUGUAUCCAGUACUGGCAACUUUAUGUUUGUCAGAUUCGAGACAGAUUACAGUUACCAAGGAACCGGUUUUAUAGCCAACUUUACAAAUGUUCCAACAAAAUGUGGAGGUAGAUUUACAGCAUCUCAGGGAAGUAUAUUCUCUCCAAACUACCCCAAAAAUUACAACAAAAACGAAACUUGCGAAUACUUCAUAGAAAUAGAGGAUGGCCAUUCAAUAGAACUUCACUUUGAGGAUGUCGACCUUUUCAGUUCGACCAAUUGUUCCAAGAAUUACGUUAAAGUUCAUGAUGGUCCUUCGCUUGCUUUUCCAGUUUUGGCGACAAUCUGUGGAAAUGAAACUCCCAACACUACGAUCAGAUCCUCUUACAAUCAUAUGUAUAUUGAGUUCAUGUCUCAUUCUUUCUUCACUACGAAAGGAUUUUUAGCAAAAUAUAACAAGGCCUGUGGAUCUAGAAUAUCCACCAACGACAGAGGUGUAAUCGAUAUCGACCAAAACGAAUUCACAGAUAGCAUCAGCAAUUGCACCUGGACUAUUGUUUCAUCCGUACCAAGUAGACACGUUUCUCUAACGAUAAGUUAUAUGCAUGGUCAGCCUUACUGCAUGUGGGACGAAGACUCGGUGUUCAUUUAUAAUGGGGAGUCGGAAAAUUCGCCUCUAUUGAAGAGUUUUUGUGGGUCGAAAAUUCCUCCUACCUUGGUUAGUGAUGGUUCUGCUCUCACAAUUUUGAUAAAAUCUCCGAUUACAUUUUUUGCAACGUACUCGAUUUACGACUCAGAAUGUGGAGGCACCCUCAUUUCUUCAGAAGGAUUUUUCUCAACUCCAGGAUAUCCAAAUGAAUAUGCCUCCGAUACGCAGUGUGAAUGGACGAUAGAAAUUUCACCCGGCAAUCAAGUAACGCUGAAUUUCAUUUAUUUCGAACUACUAGAUUCCGAUGAUUGUAACAAUGAUUUUCUUGAAAUAAGGUCGUAUAACAGUUCUGGACCAGUAUUGGGAACAUUUUGCGGAGAAAAUACUCCCGAGAAUAUAACACAUGUGGGAAGCUUGUGGCUGCUGUAUAAAGGCAGUAAACUGGCUCCUGGUGAUCCUCCCAUUGCAGCCAAAGGAUUCUAUGCCGAAUAUCAGUUGAAUGACUACAGCGAAUUAACGGGUAAAAGUGGUGAAAUAUAUUCCCCGUUAUAUCCCCGUCCAUAUCUGGAGUACAAAACAUUCUCAUAUAAAAUAACAGUAGAAUUGAAAAAAAGGAUUCUCCUGUCCUUCAAAGAGUUUUCCUUGGAUGCUCUAGAUAAUAUCGAUGAAGAUUGUUACUUUGCUGUAUUUCAGGUGUUCGAUGGUGUUGACGACACAGCAGUUUCUUUGGGAAGAUACUGUGGUUUAACGGCACCACAACCUUUGAAAUCCUCGUCAAACAUCAUGUUUAUCAAUGUGGAAUAUAACAGCCCUCGAAUUGGAUCAAAAUUCAUUGUCGGAUGGGAAGAGAUACCAGGAGUUAAUCCAUUUGGAGUGAUGAAUCCUCCUAACUAUAAUACCACUUGUGGAGCACAGGAAAUAAGUAUCACUCCUUUACGGAACUUCACUUUCCAUUCCCCGGGAUUCCCAGGAGGAUAUGAACCGAAUUUGCGGUGUGAAUGGAUUUUUUCCACAAUACCAAUGAACCACUUAACGAUCCAGUUUCUAUCUUUGAAUUUUGAAAGUGGUAGAUUCAGAUUUCACCAAAAUUGUAACUUCCUGAGCGAUAAUGUGAUAAUCUAUCAAAAACACAGAAAUGAUAACGAUUGGCAAUUGAUGAAGACAGUUUGUAAAUAUGACUCGAGCAUUUUUUCUGCAACGGAUUUGAUAAAAGUCCGAUUCGAAACUACGCGAUAUAUGAAUGGAUCAGGCUUCGAAGCCAGAGUCGAAGACGCUUGUGGAGGAUAUCUAACAGAACCAACAGGAUACAUAAUUUUCAAUGGUUCAACUCCCCGUGAUGAUAACUGCGAAUGGAACAUAACCGUGCGAUCUACCAAAACUAUUGAAUUAGUCUUCGAAGAAAUGAAUGUUAGAUAUGACAGGAAUAAAGGUUGUGAUAAUUAUAUUAUGGUGAGGAAUGGAAAGUUUCCGGAUUCACCAAUACUAGGAAGCGGUAAAUAUUGUGGCAGUGAAUUACCCGAAAAACUCCACUCUACUGGAAAUAAUCUUUAUGUGAAGUAUCGUGGAUCCCCUGACUCGUCGAAUUUCAGACUGAAAUAUCAAGAAAUUUCCGCAUCUUGUGGCGGAGAAAUUAUAUUGAGUCCCUAUGAUAAUCAUACAGAAAUAUCCUCACCGAAUUAUCCAAAUAUACCCCAGCCACACAUUGAAUGUCAAUGGAUCAUAAGAAGUCCUCCUGGAGAAUUACUUCGAAUCGAUUUUCAAGACAGAUUCGAUCUAACCUUUUCCAAGAACUGUGAAAAGGAAUAUGUGGAAAUACGAGAUGGUGGUACAGAAUUCUCGAAGCUAAUUGGAAGAUUUUGUAAAACAUUGCCGAGUUCUCAAUUCACAACGGAUAACAUGGUGUUCAUCAAAUUCUUCACUGAUAUAGAUGAUCCCAAAAACGGAUUCAGGGCUAAGGUAUCAAUCAGUCGAUGCGGCGGUUUAUUAGUGCAAAAUCGAAACGGAGAACUCAAAUAUUACAAUCCGACCCACACCAAACAAGCAAACUGUCUAUGGCAUAUUGUCGGACCAGUUGAUCAUUACAUGAAAGUAACUUUCGCACAAAUGGAAAUAAAAAAAAGUAGAAACUGCACGAGUAAUUUCGUAUCCAUUUACGAACAUAAUGGACUUCCAGGAACAUCCAAUGACAACCUGCUCGGGAAAUACUGUGGAAACGAGCUUCCUGCACCUUUGACCUCCUCAACUAACGAAUUGUUCGUUCACUAUGAAGGAGACAGUACUGGCAAAUUUAUACUGAAAUUCAAUAAUAGUCAGACAGAAUGCGGAGGAAUUCUGAACCAGGAAUCUGGAGAAAUAACCUCGCCUGGUUAUCCAGUUAUGAAUCACUUGAACAGAAUCUGUAAGUGGGUAAUCAAAGCUCCCGAAGGGCGUAGCAUAACUCUGAAUAUUCUCGAUUGGGAUGUGGAUCUUUCUGAUGAAAUGGGCGACCAGCUUCUUUAUGCGUACGAUGGAAAAUUAACCGAAGCUGCUACUUUAGAUAUGAAAAAUAAUCGAAUCGUCCAAUCCAGUUCCAACUUAAUGUUUAUUAUAUUUUACUCUCGUAGACCUUCCGAACACAGAGGAUUCAAAGCCAACUUCAGUUCGAAUUUGCCAACAGUCUGCAGGGGUGAUUUUAGUUUACCCAGUGGACAAAUUAGUACACCGACAGCAAGAAAUUACUCCUACAGUUGCCACUGGACCCAUAAUACAAACAACCUGUUAUUGAAUCAAACAACUGCUCUCACGAUUUUUCUCAAUACAAAUUACAAUUUAUCAGAUGCUCAUAUUGCAUUGUGCGAGUUCAGCUCAGCAAAUGUGAAAGUAGUCACAGAAGAAAAUCCAUUCAGCGUAUUGAGCUGUUUAUGUGCGACUACAGUUAGACCAGUUAUAGUUAGGACACCAUUUUUAAUAACAAAAUUGCAGGCAUCAGUCAGCUACAAAUAUCAAAUGAACUUCACCGUUUUAUAUGCUACUCAUCAAUGUGGUGGCAUUGUACACGGUCAAAUGGGUUCUAUUUCUAGUCCAAACUUCCCUAACCAACCCUCAAGCACAGUCGAGUGUGCUUGGCUCCUCAAAGUGGACAAAGGACAAUCGAUAAAUAUAACAAUUUCGACAAUGGACUUGGGGGAUGACUGCGACAAAAGCUUUUUGGAAAUAUUCAAUGGCGAUCUGCCAACUCUUCCGAGAAUCGGAAAGUAUUGCAAGAAUAAUAAGCCGGACUCUAUGAUAUCUCAAAAUGACAAAGUGUGGAUUGAAUACAGAUGGGAAAAGGGAUCAUCUGGAAAGGGUUUCCAAUUGAAUUAUGAAGCAGUGAGUUCAGGAUGCGGCGGGAUAUUUUACGAUAAAUCAAGAAUUAUUCAAACACCAAAUUAUAAAAAUAAUUAUGAUAAUAACGCAGAAUGUCUUUGGAUCAUUCAGUCUGCUCCUGGUUAUCAUAUACAACUCGACUUUCUAGAUAGAUUCCACGUUGAAAAGAGCGAAAAUUGUACCAACGAUUACUUGGAGAUUUUCGAUUGGGUUAAUGACGAAUGGUUGUCCAUGGGAAGAAAAUGUGGACGAGAAAAUCCAACUGGCAUAACCUCAUCUUCAGAUAAAAUGAAACUUUUGUUCAGAACCAAUGACAGAAUUACUGCGAGUGGAUUCAAGGCCAUCUGGAACUGGAAAUGUGGAGGAAAAUUUUUGGCAACGAAAGUUCCUCGAGUCCUUACCAGUGCAGGAUAUCCGGUUUACUACGAAGGAAAUAUGAAAUGUGAAUAUGUUAUCGAAACCAAAUCUGAUGUUCUAAACCUGAGAUUCUUGGAUUUCAACAUAGAACAGAGUGGAUCAGAUUGUAAAAAUGACAAUGUUACAAUUAAAGGAAGAAGUUAUGGCACCUACAACGACAUUCAUAAUGUGUAUUGCGGAGACAAAUUUCCUCCGCUCUAUCGAUUGAAAGGUUCUGCUGUGGUCACCUUCAUGACAGACAAAUAUGUAUUCCAACGAGGGUUCAAAUUGGAAUAUAAAGAUGAAAGUUGUGGAGGAGAGAUAACAGAUGAAACUGUCAUAGAAGUUGAACCUAGCCCCGACUUUAGAGCUUUUGGCAGUUAUAAUCUACCCAAAAUAGAAUGUGUAUGGAAUAUAACGGCACCACCAAAUCAAAUUGUAGUUUUGAAUGUCGGUGAACUGAACAUGAAACUUACUACAUCGUGCUUCGUUCAAAAUCUUCAAAUAUUCGACGGAUUACAAGAAAACAGCUCAUCUCGUUUAGCACAACUGUGUGGUAAUGUAUAUCAUGAGUUCCCGAUAUCGUCAUCAUCUAAUAAAAUGCACGUAAAGUUUAUGGCACUACCAUUCAAUCGUGGCUCAUUCAAGGCAGAAAUUCGAUUUUCACAUGGUCCAAAGGAAGGCUGUGGUGGUACUCUGAAUCUUACUGAUAGAAUGGUUCUCGAAUCACCAAAUUUAUCCAACCUUGAUUGUGGAUGGAAAAUAAUUGCACCACCGGACCAUCAAAUUCUAAUAGAAAUUACAGAGCUCAAUUUACCCGACCGUUGUAAAGGAAAUACUGCUAAUAGUUCUUCGUGUGAAUGUUUUCUACUAGAGAUUCGAGAUGGUGGUGGACCGUUUUCUGACGAAAUAGAGCGAUUGUGUCCAAAUGCUUCCAGUAGAAGUUCCUAUCCAGUGAUAAGCACCUCUAGAAAUGCUGCUUUCAUCCGAUUAUUUCUUCGAGGGAAAAAGGAAAAUGCAUUCAAAGCUACGCUGAAAUCUGCGAUGUCUAUCUGCGGCCCCAGUACUCUCAAUGUUACCGAAGAAGUCAAGAUAUUAACUUCCCCGGGUUUCCCAAGUCCAUACCCUGCUAGUAUUAAAUGCACAUACACCUUAUCUGUUAGUCACAUAUUAGAAAGAAUUUCCUUACACUUCAUUGAAUUCGAUUUGGUGGAAGAAAAUAAACCUGCAGAUGACAAACAAUUGACUAGAUGCAUCGGGGAUACUAUUGAAAUUUUUGAAGACAACAACAACAAGAUAGUCCAUGAAGGGUUAGGACCAGGUGCAAUCUUCAACGGACAAUCGACUAGUUUGUCAUUGGCUUACACUGAAGUAACUGGCCGUCAUGUGUUUUGCGGAAAAGAAGAAAAACCGUUUGAUUAUUAUUCAUCCAGCAAAGCUUUGAGCAUAACAUUCACCAGUAAAAACUCCAUGUUCAAAGGAUCAGGAUUCAAACUGGAAUAUUCAAUUGCAGGAUGCAACAGAAAUUAUACCAGUUUAGAAAGUAGAGUGUCGAAUGGAUAUAAAAAUAGAAACUGUUCAUUUUCCAUUAUUGUACCCGAAAAUCGUACAAUAUCUAUAUAUUUCAACACAUUCUAUAUGAUUCACACUGUGAAUUGUACGGAUGCAGCGUUAGUAAUAAGAGACGGUUCUCCCACCGGAAAAAUUUUACUAAAUGCUUGCGGAUACAGAAUCCCCGAUCCAAUAUUUUCUUUCACCAAUCAACUAUUUGUACACUCAUUUGCUAAAGACGGAACUAGGUUCAUGAUGAAAUUCGACUUCGUGUAUACCAGUACCGACAAUGGCAGAGGAUGUGGAGGUGAGAUGUACAACAACAAAGGAAAAGUGUACAGUCCUCUGUAUCCGAAUGCGUUCAGAAACGACACAGAGUGUACCUGGGUGAUAAAAGUACCUGUUGGCUUGCAGACAGCAUUGAAAUUUACAAUUUUCGACAUACAAGGACAAUGUGAACAAACAUCUGUAAAAGUGAAGACCCACACUAGUUCUGGCACUACCACUACUGCAGUACUCUGCCAAGAUUAUAAAGUAGGAACGGUUUAUCGAUCAGAGUCUUCCAUUGAAAUAACAUAUACUUCUUCCAUACAUAACGGUGGAUCCGGAUGGGUGGCACAGUUCCAAGCAGUGAGAAAGGAAGUUACUCAAAUAUCAUAGAUCUGUGAUUGGGUGAGAUAUUCGUCACUUGUUAAACUGCAAUAACAUAUGUAAUAUUUAUUACAAGUUCAAUAAAAAUUUGUUGAAAUAUGA